CAGUUGUACCGUCCCGUUCCAUCCCCUCCAUCUCUUCUAACGGAUAGUGAAGCAAACCGAGAUCGGGUACUUUCCCAUCUGAUCAGACCUUUCUUCCUGUCAAGUCUUGUACUCCAAACCUCCUGCUCAAUCUCCGCGCGCCAGCACAAAUCAUGGGAUUCUCCGCGUUCCUCAUCAGCAUCAUUGACACCGACGUCCGAUCGGACAGGAGCUGUGGCCUCACGCAGAAGUAUGUUGUGUACGUCAUGAGGAUCUGCAACGGAGACAAGCAAUGGGUGUGCGAGAAGAGAUACACUGACUUCAUGAUCUUGGACGAAGUGUUGAGGUCCAAGUUCUGGUACGCACAGGUACCAAAGCUCCCACAGAAGAAAUUGUUCUUCAACUUCGACGAACAAUUCGUGAACAAGAGACGAAAAGAGCUUGAAGAGUACAUGCGUUCUCUGCUUCAGGUCGCCAGCUUCUCACAAAGUGAUGAGAUGUGGCAAUUCUUGACCGAUAGCAGCAAUAUUGUUGGGGUCCCUCCCGAGCUGCAGGAGGAGAACGUACGGCACAAGCAGGUGCUGCCAAUGGACGGGCCCUGAAGAAUUUGGAGGGAAUUAAAUGAAGAGGAGGAGGAGGAGGAGGAGGAAAUUUUGAGUGAGGGUGUGAUGUGCUAGUAUAGCUUACUGGAGAGAUCAUCUUGUAUCGUUGAUUUUCUUUGCAUGUAUUGUUGAAUGUCGUAGAUCUCUUCCUGAUGAUGGGGAUGAUGCAAAACAGGAGAAUAAAUCCCCGAACGAGC